GCUGGUGGCUCACGUGUCCCGGCUAAGGGAGGCGGUGGUUCGGCGGGGCGGGGGCGCCGGGUGCGGUGGUACCGGGUCCGUUUCGGGGCCGCCAUGUCGGGCCGCCAGGGAAACAAGCUGCCCAGCAACCUGCCCCAGCUGCAGAACCUUAUCAAGCGGGACCCCACCUCCUACACCGAAGAGUUUCUCCAGCAGUACCACCACUACCAGUCCCAUGUGGAGAUUUUCACCUUCCAGCCGGACAAGCCCAGUAAGGAGCUGGCCGAGCUGGUGAUGUUCCUGGCGCAGGUCGCUCACUGCUAUCCAGAACACAUGGCCAACUUUCCCCAGCAACUGAAGGAGCUGCUCUCCUACCACCAUACGGUCCUGGAUGCAGACCUGCGCAUGACGUUCUGUAAGGCUUUGAUCUUGUUAAGAAACAAGAAUCUGAUAAAUCCUACGAGUUUGCUGGAGCUCUUCUUUCAGCUGCUGCGGUGUCAUGAUAAGCUUCUACGAAAAACUCUGUAUACUCACAUCGUGUCGGACAUCAAGAAUGUCAAUGCUAAACACAAAAACAAUAAAGUAAACACAACGCUGCAGAACUUCAUGUAUACUAUGUUGAGAGACAGCAAUCCCACUGCUGCGAAGAUAUCUCUGGACGUCAUGAUUGAACUUUACAGAAGGAAUAUUUGGAAUGAUGCCAAAACAGUAAAUGUCAUCACAACUGCCUGCUUUUCCAAAGUCACAAAGGUCUUAGUUGCUGGUUUGAAGUUCUUUCUUGGGAAGGAUGAAGACGAGAAACAAGACAGUGACUCGGAAUCUGAGGACGAUGCUCCCACGGCCAGAGAUCUGAUGAUGCGGUACGCGACUAACAAGAAAACCACGAAGCGCAAGAAGAAACUGGAAAAAGCGAUGAAGGUCCUCAAGAAGCAGAAGCAGAAAAAGAAGCCAGAGGUGUUCAACUUUUCUGCUAUUCACUUGAUACAUGAUCCCCAAGAUUUUGCAGAGAAACUGUUGAAGCAGCUGGAGAACUGUAAGGAACGGUUUGAGGUGAAGAUGAUGCUCAUGGACCUAAUAUCUAGGCUAGUUGGAAUACACGAGCUUUUUCUUUUUAAUUUCUACCCCUUCAUUCAGAGAUUCCUACAGCCCCAUCAGAGAGAAGUGACGAAGAUUCUUCUGUUUGCUGCACAAGCUUCACAUCAGCUAGUACCGCCCGAGAUUAUCCAGUCAGUGUUAAUGACCAUUGCCAACAACUUUGUCACUGACAAGAAUUCUGGGGAGGUCAUGACUGUAGGAAUCAAUGCGAUAAAAGAAAUCACUGCGAGAUGUCCGCUAGCCAUGACCGAAGAUCUGCUCCAAGACCUCGUUCAGUACAAGACUCAUAAAAAUAAAAAUGUGAUGAUGUCUGCAAGAACUCUGAUACACCUUUUCCGUUCUCUGAAUCCAGAGAUGCUGCAAAAGAAAUUCAGAGGUAAGCCUACUGAGGCCUCGUUGGAAGCCAGGAUUCACGAAUAUGGAGAACUGGAUGCCAAAGAUUAUAUUCCAGGAGCGGAAGUACUGGAUGUUGAGAGUCAAAAGGAAAAGGGAGGAACCCAAGACGAAGAUGGAUGGGAAAGUGCUAGUCUGAGUGAGGAAGAAGAUAAUGGAGACGGAGAAUGGAUCGAUGUGCAUCACUCCUCAGAUGAGGAGCAGCAGCAAGUAGCGGAGAAGGUGAAAAACAUGCCCAUAGAGGAACGAAAAGCCAAAGCUGCAGCGGUCAGUACAAGCAGGCUGCUAACCCAAGAAGACUUUCACAAAAUACGCCUUGCCCAGCUCUCCAAAGAAGUUAAUUCUGCACCUGGCAAAGCUGCCAAGAGGAAAAUGAUUGAAAUAGAUGAUGAAGAGGAGGAGGGCAGAGGAGAGUUGCUAUCACUCAGAGAUAUUGAACAUCUGCAUAAGAAGCCUAAAUCGGACAAGGAGACCAGAUUGGCAACUGCAAUGGCUGGAAAAACAGACAGAAAAGAAUUUGUGAAAAAGAAAACAAGAAUUAACCCAUUUGCCAGCUCUUCCAACAAAGAGAAGAAAAAACACAAGAACUUCAUGAUGAUGAGAUACAGCCAUAGUGUCCGGACUAAAAAUAAGCGUUCUUUCAGGGAAAAACAGCUGGCUCUUCGAGAUGCACUUCUGAAAAAGAGAAAACGGCUGCUGAAAUAACGAAACAGUCAAGGAGAGUACUACUUAAUCACCCUUGAAGAAAUAGCCCUGGAAAUGCUUGUUUCCACUCUCUACCACCCCAAAGGAAAAAAAAAAAAGGACUGAAGUGCCUGAUGGAUUUAUCUCUAUUCUGUUCAGAGUUACAAAUUGAACACUUCCAAGCUGUUGGAUAUUGCAUCUAUAAGACAGAUGGAAGAGGCCUUAAUCCUUGCAGGAUUUGGGUUUUUUUGAAAGUGUUCUAGGGAAGAAGGCAAUUAUCUUUUACUGAAUAUAACUUACUUAGAGCUAGUUUUGUAUGUGUAAGUAUUAAAACAUACAACCUUCUUGUAAAAAUAUUUUACUUGAAGCAAUUGCAAGGAAAAAGAAUUUUCUGGCUUAGUCUAUAAAGAGUGUGUAUAUAAUGUCUGUGUCUGGCUUAGGGAUGUGAUUUUACAGAGUAAGCGGCUGCUUUUUACUAGUUUAAUAAUAAUAAAACCAAAAUUCUUCUAAUACAGGUAAGUUCACGUGAACAAUUGGGGGAAGAACAGUUUCAUUAUGGUUAAUGAAAAAAACCAAAUCAAGUAGUAUAGGGGAGAUGGUUUUCAUGUUGCCAUUUAAAUAGAAAGGUAGCACCACACGGAGGAGAAAUAAGAAUCAUAUUUUCCUAUAUCAGUGCAUCUUGUGGGGCUUGCUUGUCUGUGAUUUUUUUUAAGUAUACCUGGGAGGGACAUGCAUCUGUGGAUUCUUUAUUUCAAAGGUUGCACUCCUCCUUCAGCCUUGACCUCUGCUGGGACCUGUCAUGGGUUCUUGUACCCUACCUAGCCAACUGUUUUAUUGGAAACUCGAGGGAGUUUAGUUAUAGAACACCCUUGUCAAAUUCUGUUUGAAAUGGAUUUCCGUGGCAGGGAGCAACAGGUGCCACAUCUGCACUAUAAUGGAAAAGCGGUCAGUGGAUUUUUUUCCUUUCUUCUUAGGAAACCUGCUAAAUGUCUGCAUCCCAUAUGGGAAUUCACGUACGUUAGCUCUGUUUAUGUUGAACAGGCACUUGUAUUCAGUUAGUUUUAUAUUUUUUGGUUAGUUUGUGUAUUUGUUUUGGUUCGUUGUCACAUGUUGCUUCCUCCAGCACAAUAAGCUUUUAGAGCUUUAAG